AUGGAGGGCGAGCAGUGCACCUUCCUCUUUCUCGACGCAGACGUGAUCCGCUCCGGACUGUGCGCCGAGGUUGGCUACAAGACGACGCUGCCGCGGCUGCAGGAGAUCGAGGCGGCGCACCCAGAGUGGAUCAAGCGGCGAGUGCUCAAGCGGCACCUCGCCUACGGCCGCCAGCACUACCGCAGCGAGAUCCUCGCCGUGAGCCACCGCUGGGAGCAGCCCGAAGCGCCCGAUGCGAGCGGCGCCCAGCUCAAGGCGAUCCGCGAGUACCUUCAGAGCCCGGCCGGCCUCGAGGUGAGCUUCGUCUGGUACGACUACUGGUGCAUGCCGCAGGGCAAGCGAACUCCGACCGAGAAGGUCGGCUUCAAGAGGAUGCUGCAGAAUGUCAAUUUGCUCUACCUCGGCUGCUCCGUCCUCAUCCUGCAGGAGCUCUCCUACCUCUCCCGCUUCUGGCGCGACCCAGUUCGAGGCGUGGUGCAGCAUGCAGUCGGCCACCGAAGACGGCCUCGGGCCGGCGCCCGCCGCGGAGCGGCGCUGCACCGUCGUCCCCAUCCUCCAGGCCACGGAGGGCAUGGCGUCCGAGCUCAUCAUGAUGUGGGCGAGCCGCAGCGUGGACGAGGCGAUCGAGACGCUCGCGAGCCCAGACGUGACCGUCACCAACCAGUCCGACAAGGAGUUGCAGCUGUACAAGUUGCGCGAGCUCGACUCGCUGGUGCAGGAGGCCGUGGCCCAGUGCGCACGCGAGGCCGUCGACCCCACCGUGGUCGAGAUCGCGCCACCCAGCCGCGGCUGAAUCCGUCGCAAAGCCCCCAGGCUCCAGGUGGCAAGCACCCUGAUUCAUACAUUGUGCCGCCUGUCGAGACACAAGAGGCUAUCCAUGCAUGCAUGCGAGCCGCAUAGACGGCCAUGAUUGUCCUCCGGCGCUCCGCGGCCGCGACAACGGGAACCAACCGGUCGAGCGAGGUCUUUUUGAGUCUGCACUCUGCCACGCUCACGCUGUCUCCUGUCAGUAAGUUGCUAACAAU